AUGGCGACCAUAGUACCGCCGCCGAGUAAACGGCAGAAGACUGCUGCGGCGGAAAAGGCGGAAAGGGCAGCAGAAGAGCUGCGAAUACCAGACGACCUAGGCAGUGUGCGGCUACAAUUCGUCGACCAGAGCACUGGAAAGAUAACUGGGCCUGCCAUCGCGGUUCCUGUCAAAGAUGCGACGGUCAAGAACCUCGAAACACUGCUGAACACAAUCCAAGGCAAUGAACCGGGCGAGCGCCUCCCCUAUCGAUUCUUCUUCCGCAACGACCGACCUUCAACAAAGGAGGAAGACUCCAACAUCCUCGACGUACCAAAUGACAUAUACAACUCCAUCCUCAAACCUGGUCUCAAGACCACAGAAGACAACAUCAUCCUUCAAUUCACACCCCAAGCGGUCUUCCGUGUGCGCGCAGUCUCAAGAUGUUCAGCCUCGAUAGCGGGCCAUGGGGAGGCCAUUCUAGCAACAGCUUUCUCACCGGAGACAUCCUCAAGAAUGGCGACAGGAAGUGGAGAUAACACCGCAAGAAUAUGGGACUGCGAUACAGGCACGCCAUUGCACACAUUGAAGGGCCAUACGAGCUGGGUCCUGGCGGUCUCCUGGUCACCUGACGGCAAACUACUCGCAACAGGAAGCAUGGACAACACAGUCCGCCUGUGGGAUCCCAAAACCGGCGAACCUCUCGGCAGUCCACUAAAGGGUCACACAAAAUGGAUAACGUCCCUCACCUGGGAACCGUACCACACUCAAACCCCGGGGAAGCCGCGCCUCGCGUCCGCCUCAAAGGACGGUACCGUCCGAAUCUGGGACGUUCCCCUCCGCCGCAUAGAGCAGACCCUCUCCGGGCAUAAAGGGUCAGUAACCUGCGUGCGCUGGGGUGGCCUUCACCGACUGUUCACCUCGUCGCAAGACAAAACCAUCAAAGUCUGGAAUGACAGGACUUGGAUUUGCCUACACACGCUAUCCGCGCAUACCCACUGGGUGAAUCAUCUCGCUUUAUCGACCGACUUCGCGCUGAGAACCGCGUAUCACGACCACACGGGAAAACCGCCCUUAGCCACGGACGCGAAAACCAUAAAGGCCAAAGAGCGUUUCGAAACGGCGGCGCGUCACGAAGGAAAAUUGGUUGAACGGCUCAUCUCCGCGAGCGACGACAACACGAUCUUCCUCUGGGAUCCGUCUUCAUUUGACGACAACUCCAGCGCCACUCCAAAGCCGGUGGCGCGAUUACUGGGCCACCAAAAGCAAGUCCUGCACGUGUCGUUCUCCCCGGAUGGCCUGUACAUCGCGAGCACCAGUUUCGACAAUAGCGUCAAACUCUGGAGUGCGCGGGAUGGAAAGUUCAUCGCCACGUUGCGGGGGCACGUUGGCGCCGUGUAUAUGGCUUCGUGGUCUGCGGACAGUAGACUCCUCGCGAGUUGCAGUAAAGAUACGACGGUGAAGGUGUGGGAUGUGCGGACGGGGAAAUUAAAGAUGGAUCUGCCGGGGCAUAAGGAUGAGGUAUUUGCAUUGGAUUGGAGUGGUGAUGGGACCGGGGUAGCAAGUGGUGGGAAGGAUAAGGUCGUGAAGGUUUGGAGGCAUUAA